AGAUAUUGGAGGAUAUAAGAGCAAAGGAGAUCAUGUAGCACAGGGAACGAAUAUGCAAGUACGAAAUGAAUCAUUUGACUGUGUUAUUGGUUUAAACAGAAACAUUAUAAUUGACACGUAUGAACAUGUACGACUACACAUAUUUGAGGCUCGUGAACUUCAUGGAAAUAAUUUGAAUCCUUUGCUCUGUGUAAUAUUAGAUGGACGUUGUCGUUCCAGUCUUUCGCAGCACAGUACGAAUUCACCACGUUGGGAUGAAUCUCUCUCUUUCACGAUCCGAAAGUCGAUUCAGGACAUGAUGCGGACCUGUUUGGAGUUUCGAGUAUAUAAUACUCGACAACUUGCAAGUGAUACAUUGAUCGGAGGAUUUCAAUGCGAAUUGGGAUACAUCUACAAAUCAAAGCGACAUUUGUUGCGAGAAAAAUGGCUUGUUCUCAGAUCCGACUAUCAAGAAGUUGCAGCAAUGGGAGAAAUCGAUCGAAUUGCUUCUUCCGAUAUACGUGGCUUCUUGAAGGUAUCAAUGAAUGUACGGCGAAGUCUUGAUCCGACACCGGCACUAUCGUUACGUAAUACGAUGUUACAUGAUGACGAGGACAUUUUGUUCUCUGGUUCACUUAUGCAAUACACUAUGCUGGUAAGAAUCUUCCAAUUAUGUCAAAUAGCUGAUCAUUUGCGAAUGUACAACGAUGAUGUUGCGAGACUCGCUGUUCAAGUACAGGUUGGAAAAGAACGUGAAAAGACGCAUGUUCUACCAGCUUUGUAUGAAGUGAUUGAUUUUAAUGAAGAAAUUAUGCUUCCUGUGGUUUGGCCAACCGUUGUUAAAUAUGUAUCAUUUCGUAUUAUUCUCGUUUAUCAGACAAAGAUUCGCAAAAAGAACAGGGAAAAAAUACUUGCUACGGCACACCUGAGUUUAUCUGAUAUUUGUCAGUCAGGAUAUAUGAAUGUGAUAGCAAGUGAUCCAUCCAGCUCUGAUAAUCAAGGUUUCUUGCCAGUAUUUGGUCCAUCAUAUAUAAGCUUUUAUGCGUCAAAUGAACAUCAAAUAACAAAAAAAAUUGAAAAAGCUGUACGAGAAGGAAGACGAUCAGGCGAUUGUUUUGUUGCUCGUGCGCUUGUUGAAGUGAUAUGUUUGGAGGAAGAUUGCGGGCAAAGUUGUCGUGAUUCGAUAACGCCUGAUACUGUACUAUCGUUAAAGCCACAGUUACGUACAUCAGAAUAUAUAUUACUGUCCACAUUUUUUGCUGCAAAUAUGAUUCAUCCUAAAUUGAAAUCCAAAAAUGUGCGUUUUUCGUUGAGCAUAGGAGAGUACGGUAAUCGAGCCUACGGAAAAGUACCAAAAUGUACGGCACGAACACUUUCGGUAAUGCCAGCCUUUGCUGAGAAGUACUACGCGAUGCCAUGGGGGAAUCAUAAGCCUGUCUGUGAAAUACCUUGUGCGUGGGAGGAUGUUUCAUUCCGAAUGAGGCAUUCCAAUGUUUUGCAGAAGAUAGCUAAGAUGCUGUUGCACUCUUUCGGUUUGGCAAAAUUGAAAUCCAACGAUAAAACAGAAGUAUCUUCAAUCAUUGUCGACGCUAUUGAUCAGGCUUGCGAUUAUUUUGCGAAAUUGAGCAGAUGCAUUGAACGAGAUUGGCAAGCACCGCUCUCGUCAUCGCUUGACCAACAGCGCCGACAUGUCAUUAUUUCAUCAAUUGUUGAAAUGAUCGAGGAUUUUGCCAUGCUGAAAUACGAUAAAAAAAAUGUGUUUCAAGUGAAUGAAAUUGCUUUAAAUCAACUACAGCGGACUGCUGAACUUCUAAUGAAAAUUUCAAAUGAACCAGAAAUGUCAAUACCGGAUGCAGUACUUUCGAUGUGCGAUGGUGACGAAUUACUUGCGUUCGCACGAAUUCCUGUGAACGAAAUCUAUUACCACAAUAAAGAUUGCUAUCGGGGAACAUUUUGUGGACGUUUACGAGCAAUAACAUUAAAAUGGCCAAGCCAUGAUGAGAAGAGAGAAAAGAAAGAACAAAUACCAGCCGUUGUUCAUUUGCGCCUUUGGUUUGGAAAAGUAACAGAUCGUAAAUAUUGGGAUGAAACAAUUAAGCCUGGAGUUGUCCAAUAUUUUGCUGAAGUUUUCGAAAAUCAGCGAAGGCAUAUAGGUGGUCAAUGGAUGGAGACUAAUGGAAAGAAUGGUGAACCCUACGCUCGAUCGGAUGAAACAGGGAUCAUUCGAAUGUCCGAAGACGAUAUAAAAAUAUCGCAUGGAUGGUCCUAUAAGGGAGCUUGGAAAAUAAUGUUCUGCCACGAUAUGUGGGUUGGACCUGAUGCCGGUCAUUCACAAUACGAGGAUGAAAUUUUUGAAGUGCAGGAAAAGCAAGAUGAUAUUUGGACUGAUUUAUAUUAUGCAGGUACAUCCGGUAACCCUAUUGAUAAUGCUCGUGACCGAAAUGCUCCGCCAGGAUGGCGGUGGGUUGGUGAUUGGACGAUUGAUCUGUUCUGUGCAGGCGAUGCCGAAGGAUGGUCUUAUUCCUCCAGUAUCGCUAAUUUUGCUAACGAUGAUGCCGUUAUCGAUUACAGAGAGCGAGAAGGUCAUAAAUUUCGACGUCGACGUUGGCGGCGUAUGAGAACGUUUGGAACUGGCAGUAAAGAUGUUUUUGAAAAUAUCGAUGCUUUGCGGCGAAGCAUUGAUCCUGAGCUAUGGGAGUAUGCUAUUGACUUUCAUGAACCGGUGCAUGUGCAAAAGAUGCCUGGAGAUAAAUACCGACGCCGCCGAUACGUUCGCGAAAUGGUAUUCUCGGCUAAUCUUAGCCAGAGGCGCAGAUUAGCUCUUUAUUUAGCUGAAGAUGUUUCAGUUUCACCUCGAAUUUAUGAAGUUUAUGAUCACGUAACACGUUGGCAAAUGCGUGCAUCAAUUUUGUGGGCCAGAGAUUUACUCCCAACAAAUCGUCGUAGAUCGAGAGCAUUUGUUCGAGUUGUAUUUCUGAAUCGAUGUCAAGAAACGGCAAUCGUUGAAAAUACUGUCGAUCCGAUUUGGAAUGAAACGCUUAUUUUCAAGCGAGUAAUAAUAUGUAGUGGAAUUACGUCUAUCCGUAAAGAUCCACCAACAAUAGUGGUAGAAGUAUGCUCAGAAGAUUUCAAUUGUUCCGAAAUAUUUCUUGGACGUUUUAUGACAACACCGUCAGUUAUAUCACUUGCAACUGAUCAUCGUGGAAUGCCAACUUGGUUUCCAUUAUCAUUCCGCAAGGAUAAGCAGAAAGGCGCUUUAUUAGCCUUAUUUGAAUUAUUCUUAUAUGAGGGCCAAGCCAUACACAUUGCACCGUUGAAGCCACCACAUAAAACACGAAGUAGUCGUUAUGCAGUGGCACGAAGUGUUUGUCCAACUGUCAAGCAGUACACUGUGCAAAUUUUGUGCUGGGGUGUUCGGGAUUUACCUCGAUAUCAGUUGUCAUCUGUGCGUAAUCCAUUCGUGGAAAUUCAAAUUGGUGACAAGAUAGCUCGAAGUGAUGUGAUCGAAGAUGCGAAACGUAAUCCAAAUUUCAAGCGGCCACUUAUAAUUUUAAAUGAAGUUCAACUUCCCGUUAACUUUUAUUAUGCACCACCGCUAACUUUCAACCUAUACGAUAGACGUUCGUUUGGACGUGAACCGCACAUCGGUAUUUGUGUUGUUCAGGACUUAGCCAAAUACAUAAACAAGUUACCAAAGUGUACGAAACGGGAUAUUUACAGUUGGCAGAAGUAUGAUGAGAUGUUAUCUUUCGAGGAAGUUUAUGAGAAAAAAGUGACGGUGGUAGAUUCUGAAGAAUAUUUCUUUGAUGACUGCUUCAUUGAUUGGUGGAGCAAAUACUACAGUUCAAUUGGCGAAAGCGAAAAAGCACCAGGAUUUGCUGAGUCUGGAAUUGAAAGAUUACGGGUGUUUACGUGUGCACUUGAAGAUGUGAGUGAGUAUUGUGGGUUUUCUGAUUUUCUCGAUACAUUUACCUUUCGGAAGAUGACCAAAGAAAAUCUCGAAACGCCGGAAUUGAGAAUACCGCGCGGUGAACUAAAAGCUCGAAUUUUCAUUCGAAGAGAGAAAAUGUCAAGUGAGUGUUUUGCUUUGCCAAUUGUCGAAUUUCCUGGAGUGACCAAAUGUACCAUUCGCGUAUACAUUGUGAGAGCCUUCGAUUUGAUCAGCAGACGAAAUGAUGGUACCUGUGAUGCUUACAUUAGUGUCAAAUGUGGCACAAAAAAGAAAAAAACUUUACGAAAAGAUUAUCGGCCAAGUUCAUUGAACCCAUUGUUUGGCCAAAUGAUCGAAAUGGAAGUGGAAAUACCAAUGGAUAAAAAUCUUGUUGUAUCAGUAAUGGAUCGUCAUCGUAUCUUUUCUGAUAAUGAAAUUGGUCAUACAAUAAUUGACUUGGAAAAUCGUCUUUUGACACAAUAUCGCGCUACCGUUGGUUUAUCGCAACAAUAUACAAUACAUGGACCACUCGUUUGGCGUGAUCAACUUACACCUCUUAGUAUAUUAAAGCGGCAUUGUAUAAAGAUGAAUUAUCCCGCACCAGAAGUGUUAGUGAAGGGAAAUGAUGUUGGAAUAAUGAUGGCUGGAGUGGCGGUAUGGCUUAGUGAUAUUGAAAAUGUUCCUCCAAGUCAUGUGGAAAUUUUAGGCCGACCAUUGCAACGAAUGAAUUUGGUACCAGAACAUGUGGAAACUCGACCGCUCUAUAGUGCUAUUAAUGCGGAUAGCGAAUGUGGUAGAUUGGAAAUGUUUGUCGAUUUAUUCCCACACGUAGUAGGGCCAAUACCGCCACCUCUUAAUAUAUCGCCUCGUCGACCUCACGCAUUUCAGCUACGUGUAGCAGCUUGGAGUGUUCGUAAUGUAAUUCUUACCAAGAGAACAAUGGGAAAACCGGCAGCAGAUAUCUAUUUGAAGGUUUUUUUGAAUGGAAGUAGUAAAAAGGAGAAAACUGAUGUUCAUUAUCGAAGUCUUGAUGGAUAUGGUUCAUUCAAUUGGCGCUUCGUACUUGAUUUCGAUUUCGAUAUUUGGGAGAAGAAAAUCGCGAUAUACAUCAAAAAACAUCUCCUUAGCAAGAAAUCGUUAUUAUUGGUGGAUCCAAUAUUGUUCGUGCAAAUCUGGGACAACAACAAAUUCCGAAAAGAUGGCUAUAUCGGACAACUUGCUUUGGACUUGCUUUCUUUCGACGAGGCACAAAUGGAUGCUGAUGAAAUGUAUAAUGUUGAUUAUGCUCGAGAAAAGCGCAAUCGAUGUGGUUCCUGCGUCAAAUGCUGUUCUUGUCUUUGUAAUAUCAGAAAACAAGAGCGAAAAAAGAAAAUUAUUCCAUUACCACGAGCACCGCCGUAUAUAUCGGGAAGAGUUGGUCAGUUCUCGUUAUUUCGACAGCGUACAGCUUAUGGAUGGUGGCCAUGCAUUAGUACUUCUCUAUCCGACGAACAGAAAUUAGAUUUUGAUGCGAAGAAAAAAAAAGACGAUGAUUUCACUGCCCAAAAGCCAUAUGUGACCGGUGCAGUAGAACUAGAAUUGACAUUGUUAACAGCUAAAGAAGCAAAACUUGAUCCUGUCGGAAGGAAACGAGGAAAACCAAAUCAUUCACCAUAUCUUCCGGAGCCGAAUCGCCCUCGUCUGGAUCAGUUCUGGUGCCUUUCACGAGCUAAAGCAUGCUGUUCAUUGUGUUGGACCAGUUGGGGUAAACAAUGCAUUAUCAUAACUUUAGUUAUCCUGAUUGGCGUGGUUCUCAUAGUUUCAACUGUUUACAAGUUACCUGGUAUUAUUGCCACAAAAGUAUUUAAUGUUCACAGUUAA